CCUCCGCCGCCGCUGCCGCCCUCCCGCCCAGAUGUUGCACUGGAAUGAGGAAGCGGGCUGGCGAGGGGAGGGGCUGCGCGCGGAGCUGCCUGCCGGCGCUUGGCCAGGAGCCGCGGCGCGAGCCGCACAUGGAGCAGCGGCUACAACAGCAGCAGCAGCAGCCGCCGCCGAGCUUUGGGCCACUUGCCUGCAGACUACAGGUAACCUGAGGAAAAUGGAAACAGAUGGGGCACAAGAUAUAUCCCAAGUUUCAGGAAAAGAAAGUCCUUCCAUAAGUGAUGUCCCAGAUGACGCUGAUGAGCCCAUGCCUAUACCAGAAGAUCUUUCAGCCAGCACAGGAGGACAGCAGAAUUCUAGACAUGAGAGAGUUUUCGCUGCAUAUGGGGCUGAAGGCUUUAGGGACUUUCACGCCAUCAUCCCCAGAUCUUUGUCUCCCAGUAAUAUUAAAAUAGAGGCACAGAGUGAUGAAGAGAAUGGGCGUGCCUGUGAAAUGAAUGGGGAAGAAUGUGCAGAGGAUUUACGAAUGCUUGAUGCCUCUGGAGAGAAAAUAAAUGGUUCACACAGUGGCAGCAAAGCCAUGUCAGGAGUUGGAGGCAUUCGGCUCCCUAACGGAAAGCUAAAGUGUGAUGUCUGUGGGAUAAUUUGCAUCGGUCCCAAUGUUCUUAUGGUUCACAAGAGAAGCCACACUGGUGAACGCCCCUUCCACUGUAAUCAGUGUGGGGCAUCCUUUACUCAAAAAGGCAACCUUCUCCGCCACAUAAAGUUACACUCGGGCGAAAAGCCUUUCAAGUGCCACCUGUGUAACUAUGCAUGUCGUCGCAGAGAUGCUCUUACAGGCCACCUGAGGACCCAUUCUGUUGGAAAGCCCCACAAAUGCGGAUAUUGUGGCCGGAGCUAUAAGCAGCGCAGCUCUUUGGAAGAACAUAAGGAACGCUGCCACAACUAUUUGCAAACCAUGAACCUCUCAGGCAACCUUUAUCCAGUCAUGAAAGAGGAAACUAACCAGAAUGAAAUGGCGGAAGACCUGUGCAAGUUGGGUUCAGAGCGAUCCCUUAUACUGGACAGACUAGCAAGUAAUGUCACCAAACGUAAGAGUUCUAUGCCUCAGAAAUUUGUUGGUGAGAAAUGCAUAUCAGAUGUUCCUUAUGAUGCAACCCCCAUUUAUGAGAAGGAGAAUGAUAUGAUGCAGACCCAUGUCAUAGACCAAGCUAUUAACAACGCCAUCAGCUACUUAGGGGCCGAAUCAUUACGUCCUCUGGUGCAGACUCCACCAAGUGGCUCUGAAGUCAUGCCUGUCAUCAAUUCCUUAUAUCAGCUUCACAAGCCAACUGGAGACAACCAUGCUCGAUCCAAUCAUGCAGCUCAGGACAGUGCAGUGGAAAAUUUGUUACUUCUUUCUAAAGCCAAAUCCAUUUCUUCCGAAAGGGACCCUUCGCCCAGCAACAGCUGCCAAGAGUCCACCGAUACAGAGAGCAAUAACGAGGAACGCAGUGGCUUAAUUUACUUAACAAAUCACAUAGCACCCCAUGCACACAACGGCCUCGCUAUAAAGGAAGAACACAGGCAGUAUGAUGCCCUGAGGGCAAGCAGUGACAGCCCCCAUGAUGCUUUCAAAGUAAUUAAUGGCAAUGGAGAGCAAGUGAAAGUUUACAGAUGUGAACAUUGUAGAGUCCUGUUCUUAGAUCAUGUAAUGUAUACCAUCCACAUGGGGUGCCAUGGUUUUCGUGAUCCUUUUGAGUGUAACAUGUGUGGCUACCGCAGCCAGGACAGGUAUGAAUUCUCUUCUCACAUAACUCGAGGAGAACACCGCUUUCAUAUGAAUUAAAACUCUUCCUGUACAGAGGUCACUUUUGUGCCAUGAACUAAAAUGCAAAAGAGCCAAAAGACUACAAGACAGUGUUCCGAUAAAAAAUUAAUGCCAGAAGACUUGAUUCUCCAGAAAUGAAUUCUUGUAGCAUGCACGCAUACAUCAAUUUUAUACUAUUAACAUUGAUGUUUUUUGUUGUAAUUAUAGAUUAUCUAAGAAAAAUACACUUUUUCCCCCAUACCAUUUUUUCACUUCUUGUAACAGUUUAGUACACUCACUAGCUGAUGGCAGUAAUCCACAUUUAGAAUAGUAUAAAAAAACUUAGCCAACGUGAUAUAGUAAUUUAAGUGUUAAACUAUGGGAAAUCAGAGUUUGAAUGCCUAUUUUAUCGUGGAAGGCCACUGGGUGUCCUUGGGCAAGUCACUCUCUGUUUGUGUGGCAAGACCGCCUGAGAAGGCAGUAACCCCCUCUGAACAAGAAAAAUUCAUAAUGCGUAUGUUUUUAUAAUUGUUAUAAAUCAGAAUGACUUGAAAAUACACAACAGUAAACAUCACUUAACCUUUUCUCACCUCUGUUGGAUGUCUAGAUUUGUUUUAUACAAGGUUAAAUGACAUGACUACUGCCAUCAUAAUUUACCAUUGGCCCUCUGUAUCCACGGAUUCAACCAUCCAUGGCUUGAAUUU